AUGCUCAUUUCGCUAGCUGCAGCGACAACGAAGCGAUAUCACAAUAAACUUCUGUAUUCCCUCUUUGUAAAUAACCAUACAAAGCAAGGCCUGUUAAAGAAAGGUUCCCUUGGGGGAGGUAGAAGGAAUUCAUCUUGUGCCAAAUCCUUCUUCUGCACCAAAAUGGAAGAGCCCCAAGACUUCAUAGCCGUGUAUGUUACCGCCCCUGGAACGGAUGUCGCGGAAAAGAUUUCAAAUGUGUUGCUAGAAGAUAAGCUAGCCAGUUGCGUGAACAUCAUCCCCGGCGUCCUCAGCCUAUAUCACUGGAAGGGCGAAAUAGCUCGUGAUAAUGAAGUCCUGAUGAUGAUAAAAACGAGGAAGCAUUUAUUCGCCAAAAUUGUAGAAGCGGUGAAAGCAAACCAUCCGUACGAAGUGCCAGAGGUCAUUUCCGUCCCAAUACAUCAAGGCAGCAAGGACUACCUAGAUUGGGUGGCAAAAUCGGUCAAAUCAGCCCCCCAGGGGGGCGAAAAAAAUACCUAA